ACCAGUCACACUGACAGCUUCAUCCAGUAUCAGCAUCAGCAGUCUUGGAAGUGGAACUGUAACUCUCUAAAAUUACUGUUAGAAGAUCCUGGGUCAAGUCAGAUGCUCUAUAACAGUGAAGAAGAGUGUCAUGAAUUAGGAAACUCAGAAGUGCCAAACUGUCAGGACACAUUGAUUUAAUCCAGAAAAGAUUACCUGAAAUCUAGAGACUUUUGUUUCAAAGCGAUUGUGCCAAAGCACAAUGGCUACCCGUUUUUUUUUAUUCGUAGCAUGGAUGGCAUGCCUUAUUGUUGGUGUUUGUUGCCAGGAUACCCAAACGCAGCAGAAUUUUCCAGACAUUUCAAAUCCAUCAGAAGAGUUAAACCAAGAGCAAGCUCACCGCAUUGUCCAGCUGGAUUCUAUCCAAAACGGUGGAGAACUCAACAUGUCCGCUAGCAAUGUUUUAAACCUGUCCCCACCUCCACCUUCUCCCUGUGUAUCCAGAGCUAAGAUCAGACAUGCCUUCAAAUAUGUCACAACCAUUUUAUCCUGUGUCAUUUUUCUUGUGGGAAUUGUAGGCAAUUCUACACUGCUUAGAAUCAUUUACAAGAACAAAUGCAUGAGGAAUGGACCCAACGUUCUUAUUGCCAGUCUUGCUUUGGGGGACCUUUUCUACAUCCUAAUUGCCAUUCCUAUCCAUAUCUAUAAGCUACUGGCGGAGCACUGGCCAUUUGGAGUACAUAUAUGCAAAUUGGUACCAUUUAUCCAGAAGGCCUCCAUUGGUGUUACUGUUUUGAGUCUGUGCGCUCUAAGUAUAGAUAGGUAUAGGGCAGUUGCUUCCUGGAAUCGAAUUCAGGGCAUUGGAAUCCCUGUUUGGAAAGCCAUAGAGCUGACAUUGAUAUGGGCUGUGGCCAUCAUUCUAGCUGUUCCUGAAGCUAUUGCCUUUAACCUUGUUGAAUUGGACUUUAGAGGACAAACCAUUUUGGUCUGCAUGUUGCCUCUGGAACAAUCUUCAGAUUUUAUGAGGUUUUACCAGGAAGCCAAAGUUUGGUGGCUUUUUGGAUUUUAUUUCUGCUUACCCUUGGCUUGCACUGGAGUCUUCUACACACUCAUGUCCUGUGAAAUGUUGAGUAUAAAGAAUGGCAUGAGGAUAGCUCUGAAUGAUCACAUGAAACAGCGAAGAGAAGUUGCUAAGACCGUGUUUUGCCUGGUAGUGAUUUUCGCCCUAUGCUGGCUGCCUCUUCAUGUAAGCAGUAUUCUUAAAAAGACAGUAUAUGACGGCAGAGAUCCAAACAGGUGUGAACUACUCAGCUUCUUCAUGGUUAUGAACUACAUUGGGAUAAACAUGGCCUCACUUAACUCUUGCAUCAACCCUGUGGCACUCUACUUUGUCAGCAGGAAGUUCAAAAAUUGUUUCCAGUCCUGCCUUUGCUGCUGGUGCCACAGACCCACUCUUACCAUCACACCCAUGGAUGAAAAAUGUUCUGCAGUAAAGUGGAAAACCAAUGGGCAUGAUCUAGUCCUGGACCGAAGCAGUUCUCGGUUAACUAACAAGUACAGCUCUUCAUGAAAAUCACUAUCUAAUAGCAGGCUAUUAGUCACAAACUUGGAAUGAACACCCGAUGUUUUGACCUCGGUUCUGUUUAGUUAAGUGUUUCAGAGCGGUGACAAGCAGUUUAAUGACCUGCCUCCAUCCAACAGAGCUGCACUUUGGGAAAUACACCCUCCUCAAACUUUAGAGGACUGUACUGUUUAUAUGAUGUUUAUAAUAUGAUAACAAGCACGGACACUGCCAUACAAACUCCCUAUGUACAGUAUUAUAGUUCAUGUUAUCCCUAUAUAGCAAACUGACAAUCUGAUUUAAAAAAAAAAAAAAAAAAUGUCUGAGUGACUGGAUCACUAGAAGUAUUGUUGGCCUGGUUAGCGUUGAAGCUACUUAUGUAUAAAAUGUUGAGAGUGUGUAUGUGAGGAGAGAUAUACUAUUACAGAAGCACUUAUUUUUAAACAGCAUUUAAACUGCACAUGCCAUAACUGCUUGUUUAUCUUUGAACCACAACUCCCAGUAUUUUUGUUGCUGAGAGUUAAAGUUUACAGACAGCUGAAGAGUCAGAGUGCUAACAUUGUUUUUUAACUGUAAUUCACAAGUGUUGAAUGUUUAAACCAUCAGCUGCUGCUAAAAUAGGCAGCUAUUACUAAUGGUGAGAAAUGUUAGUCAAAAUUUCUGUGUAACAAAAUUUCAUACUUUUCUCUUUGAAUGGAGUUGCUUUAUCUUUGACCUCAUCAUGAGCAAGGGGUGGCCCUGAGCAAGAAGCAAAACAUGCAGAGCUUAAGGUUUGUUGAAAACUUGCUGUUGAAAGGUGCAGAAGAAAAUUUAAGAGCUAAACUCCAUGUGAGAUUUUCUUCAGAAUUUUUGGGUCAGAUUUUAUCUGAUCUUGUUGACAUGCAACACCACAAGAUUUUGCAGAACCUUCAAAAUCUUAUCUCCAUAGCUUGUAAUGUAAAGUCAGAUCGGGGAAGCUGUAUCCUGCACCAUCAAAAAAAUGUAUUUUAAUUAAAAAAAAAAAAAAAAAAGUCUGUCAGACUCCAUCAGAUUUUCUCGUCAGAUGAAGAUGCAGCAUUCUCUUCCGACAGGCGUGUCGUGUUGGAUGGCAAAUCUUUUAUUUAGUUUCCACAUCAGAUUUUUGUAUCAGUGCCAUUAUAUUUUGAUCCAUGUGACUACUUAUGACUUGUAGGAUGGAUUUUGUCGAUCCAACACCAUCCUGCAAAAUCUCCUGGGGAGUUUAGCCCCAAGGGGCUGGAAUGGAUGACCUAGUCUCACUGUAUGCUAACUGGAACACAGCAAACAGUGUACUGUUUUGUUUUAGUUUUUUUUUUUUUUAAACAGAUGUGACACAAAACCUACAGAAAGCAGCUUAUGACCACAGCACAUGCAAGUUAUUGCAGUGGACAGCCACUGAAAAAGCUUGUGUAAAGUCAAGCAAUAUGGCAACACCCAUUUCUAUGUAAAAAUGCAAGUGAAAUUUGCGUGCAAAUUAUGAACUAUUCCUUCAGAUGUUAUAGAUGUAAAUAAACAGGUACAGCAGAAUGCAGAUGAUUCCAUUUGCAAUAACUAUUUCACAGUAACUAUCGAUACCAAUCAAUAAGGCUGUUUCACUUCUUUUUAAAAGUGCAGAAAUGAUUUUACACUUAACAAAAAAACACAAAUAUUACAUCACUCUAGACAAAAUCCAUUAUAUUCAAUAGAAGAAACAUUUGCACUGGUGCCACAAUAUGUUAAGGCACAGGCACAUUUUGUCGGAAACGUUUCUCAAUACAAAGGAAAAAAUGCCAGAACAAUAUUCAAGGAAUAAUGUGCAAAAGAGAAUGGCAAUCUGUUUAGAAGGCUCUUUCCUGUAACAGACAAUUUAUGCUGACAAAUAGCACCAGUAUUUCUGCCUAGGCUACAGCUAUUAUGAAAAGUUUUAUAAUAUAUGCACCCAUUAUAAAGAGACCCCAUAGUCUUUCAUAUUGUUCCCCUUUAAAACAAAUGGCUUUAAAUGUGACAUUCUGUUUUCCACUACAUUGUUAAGUUUACAAUGAAGUAGUGCAUGUAUUUUUUUCUUCCGAAUUAUACAAAAUAAUGAUUUAGCAUGAAUCUAUGAGUCUAGAAUGAAUGCUAGAAGACACACCAGCUUUUUAUAUAGAAGGUGAAAAAAACGGUGUAUUAAAGAAUAAACUGAUAACAACAUUAGAGGUGAAAAAAUAGACAUUAUGCAUACAAUUUAUUAAAUUUAGUUUCUUCAAUGCUAUUUUUUUUAAACCAUUCUUCAUCACUGUACAAAAAUCAUGUUUGUGAUAUAUGAUAUAUCCAAACACUGAAUCCUCCACAAAAGAAUCAAUUGAAUUCUGAAAAGAAUCCAGACUCUAAUUUGUAUACUUAGCUUUGAGGAAAGUUAAAAAAAAAAACUUUACCAAUCCAAAGAUUUCCAUAGAUUCAGAGUCACUCAUAUAUAAUGAGUCCCUGUGACCUAUGCUGACACCUUUUCUUAAUGUAUAGUUAUACCAACCAGAAUGUACACUUGUGUGAUAAACUGUGUACUGUACAUUCUGGUUGGUAGAUUAUACCAGCUGUAUGAAUUACAGAACGCUAUCAGCAAACUGAAUAUAAAACUGCUACAAGGGUGGCUUAGGGUAUACGCCUUUGCAGUCAGACUAAAGUUGUAGUAUUCUGCAACCUUGGAUGAAAUUAAUGCAUGGAAAAGUUGCCACAAAAUUCUGACAUGAAUCAGAUAGAGGAGUUCUACACUACAAACUAAGGUUAAAAUCAACCAAAUAAAUACUACAAUUAGGUAGAGAGUACCAUUUAGGUAUCUUUGUGUCACUGUGUGGAGCAGCAUUUCUGUAGAAAGGAAUAAGUCUGAAAAUUGACAGAUUAUUGGAGAAAAAAAUGGUCAUUUUGUGCAGUGAAACAUUUUAUGUAUAUUUGUCUUUGUGAAAAAAAAAUGUAAAUGUAAAUUCCAAACAUACAAGGACUGAUAAAUUCUUAGGGAUACAUGAAAUUCUACCAUUGUGUCCAUAGAAUGUAUAGCUCUGAUAUGUUGUAAAUAGAUGUAUACCAAAAGUAUGGUUUUCAAAUUAUUAAUGGUGUUUGUGCCUUCCCCUGUCAAACAACCAAUUUUUUCUAUUAUUAAACAGUUUAAUCUAAUACAAAGUAGUGUCACUUUUCUGUCAAUUUGGUAGUGUAAAUUUUCUCUGUUAAUAAUGUUUUUUUACAAUGGAGAUCCGGUACCUAGCUUAAAUCACAUUUUUGCCUGUUUUUACACUAUGCACCCUGCUUCCCAAUCAAUAAAUGAGCUCUAAAGGC